CUGUAGCAUUCAACAAUUUACAUCUGACUAGGUUUGUUGAUGGACUGUCGACAGAGCUCCGAAAGCUGUAGUACAAUGCCAACAGGAUGAUGUUAGAUUCGGCAUCACGACAUAUAGUCAUGAGUUCUUCACAUCCUAUCUAACAUUCUGAUAGACUGCUAGAGAAGCCCCCCGGUAUAGCACUAAAGCAUCAAACCACGAUGAUUUUCCAGCAAUAUCAAUUUCUAGCACUCCACCAAAGACCUCCAAACGUCCCAACAACCCGUCCACACCGCUCAAUCCUCUCGCCCGCUCAAACUCCUCCACCGCUCACACCAAAACUCCCCACCCUCCCCAACGCGCACCGUUCUCAAAUAAAAGCCAAAAAACCAGUCCCCUCUUCCAAAAUCCUCACCCCUCUCACACCUCCCUCACUCCCCUUAACAUUCAUCUCCAUCCUCCCACCAAAACCCCCCCUCCUCCAACCGCCCCACCCUCAACGCAUGCCGCUUCCUACUAUUCCGAUAGCGGUUCGCCCACGCCUUCCUCCGCCCCGCCCCGCGCCGGCACGGGCACUUCUUGCUAUGCCGCGCGUGGCCGCUCUCGGCGCGGUGCUCGGUGCGGUCGUUCCUGUAGCGAUGCAGCUCGGCGUCGACGACGGCCGUGUCCAGCGCGCCGGUGGUCGGGUCGUAGGGUUCGUCGUUGGCGGCCAUUGCGGUGGUGGUGGUGCGAGAGGGUUUGGUUUGGUUUUGGGUAAGGCGGAGAGAGAGAGAGAGAGAGAGUGUGUGUGUGUGUGGUGUUGUGGGUUUGUUUUUGGGAGGGGAAGCGUGGCACUGUGUUGUGUCGUGGAGGCUUUUUAGCUUGGAGCGUUGGGGGUUUUUGGCGUGAAGUUGUGGAAGGCCUUUUGGGCGUGGAGUUUGUUGGGAGUUUUUUUUUUUGGCGUGGCAGUGUUGGAGCUUUUGGCUUGGAGUGUUGGAGUGUUUGGCGUGGAAAGAGUUGAGGCGUUUGGUCUGAAGUGUUGAGGCUGUUGGUUCGAAGUGCUGAGGCUGUUGGCUUGAAGUGCUGAGGCUGUUGGCUUGAAGUUGUGCGAGAACCUUCGCGCGCGUGUGUGUAUGUAUGUAUGUAUAAGUGUGUAAGUGAGUGGUCGGGGAUGGAAGAGAGGGCGAAGGGAACGGGUUUUAGUAUUUUGGGAAUCGCCAGAGCGCAUC